CUCGUUACUCAGCAUUUCUUUGCUAUUCUUCACCAUGGUCCAGUUUGCCAGCCUCGACAAUCGUUCUCAGAGAGGCACGGCGAGCUGUUCUUCUCCUCCUCGACCCCAAACGCCUUAUCCCGACAUCGAGCUGAGCGAUUUGGAUAGCCAACAAACACCCUCCACCCAGCACCAAAACGGCACCGCGCAGCCCGCUAGGGACAAUGCCAACGGCCUGCAGAGGAACUCAACAGCGUCAGACGAGAACAUCGGAGGAUCUUCUAGAAGCAGCGACGGCGGUCUAAGAACCGGCUGGUUUGCCGAGUGGUUCCCCGAAUGGCUUCUACGGUUGAAGGAGACGAGGCAGAGUCUGCAGACCACUGAGGACCAUGGUGUGGGUUCCGGUGCCAGCCAAGCGGUAGCUCAAGACAAUGCUAGCGCAACUACCGAUCGCGGCCACCCGGGCCCGAGACCGAGCCUACCUGCCAGCCAGACUGCCACCCUCGUCAACGACAGUACUGGCCAGAAUUGGGCCAUGGCUGCAAUGGCCAUCUUGUACCUGACGUCCCAAUUUCCCGUAUCUGUGUUCGCCAGUAUCACUCCUUACAUAUACAAAGAUCUAGGGGGCACCAAUUCUCUGCAGUGGAUCAUCCUCUGCUACCUCCUAGGCAGCGCUGCAGUCUCCCCGCUCGCAGGGCAUCUAUUCGAUCGGCUUGAACGGCGUUGGGUUGCUUUGUGCGGUCCCAUCUUCUCUUUCUUGGGCUCGCUGAUCUGCUCGGUCGCGUGGUCUCAGACGACGUUCGACGUCGGAAUGCUCGUUGCAGGCAUCGGUGGAGGGAUUAGCGAGACUAUCGCCCUUGCAGCCGCGUCUGAGAUGACUCGACGACCCUCUCGGAUGGAUACACCGCAACCCAGGAAGACGGACAUUCUGAACUGGGUCCUCCAAAGAAUAGAUGGGCCUGGCGCCCUUCUGAGUGUUUUGGCAGUUUCAACAUGCAUUGAGGCGUUUCAACUGAGUCUGUGGAUUCUUGUUGCCAGUGUUUUCGCCUCAAUUUCGCUCGCUCUUUGGCACUUCCUCGUUAUCCCGCCGGAUCGACCCCUCGACGCACGUCCCCGCAAGCUCCUCAGUGGAGCUAGCAAAAGGCCAGUUGCCCUCGCCUUGACACUGCUCAUGGGUGUCCUUUCAUCGGCAACGUAUAGCUCCGUGAAUCUCUUCUGGCCAUCUCAAACCUAUACCGUCUACGACUCCGAAGCCCCUGUCGACGUCGGCCUCAGGAACCUACAUACCAUAAUGUUUCCCGUGGGUGCAGCACUCUCGCUUCUCGUCCUCGAAUACGUCCCUUCGAGCCAGAAGCCUAUGAUGGCUUGUUCCAUCCUACUGCCGUCAGCGGUUAUCAUGCUCUGUGCCCUCAUGGGCUUCGACCUCGCGGCACCAAACGCUCGUAGCUGCUGGACCGUGGCCUUUCCCAUGGCCCUCCUUUCUACGCUCAGUUUCGGAGGGAUCGUUCUGGUCACGUGGUACAUAGGUAUCGUGCUUUGCAGGUCCGAGGCGUUAGCUACGUUCACUGGUUUGAACGUCGCUGCUCGCGCAGUCGGAAGCUCGCUUGGCUACUUGGUAUACCACAACGCACUCAAACAGCGGUUCUCCGACGCCGUGACCCCCCGGAUCCGCGGGGCCCUAGCCACCAAGCCCGCCGCUACCUACCUGACCGACAAAAUCAUCGACCUGACCCGCCAAUCCUUCCUGCAGGAUGUAAAAUCCGAGUUAGAAUUUGUGCGCGCCGUAGCCCUCUUCGACCGGAUUGUGGUUAUCGGACAGGAGGCUUUUUCCGAGGCGUACAGAGCCGUGUACUGGCGCAGCGCCAUCUUUGCAGGGGCUACGCUCUUCCUUGCUAUCUUUUUCUUUUUACGUCCGGACAUGUUUCCGGAGCGUGGAGAUGGUGAUGCCAGUGAUGCGGAUGGGAGGGUUCAGGAUCCGGGGCAUCAGGAUCGAGAUCAGGAUCGGGAUGUGCCGAAUGUGUAGUUAGGGUAUUAUUGCAGGGGUCUUGGUUUUCUAUAUGUUGUAGCGUCAGGAUACGGUGCUGAAUCGAUGCCAUUGGAG